AUGACCGACGACUUUUCCAAUCGUACUGAGAAAUUCAUAUCAUGGCUACAAUCUAACCAUGUCCAUGUUUCUCCCAAAGUUCAAAUCACCGAUCUUCGUUCAAUCAACCAAGGAAGAGGUUUAAUCGCAGUUCAGGACAUUAAACUUGAUGAAACCCUUUUCACAAUUCCCCGGAACAUUCUAAUCAAUGUCGCCAAUAACGCGUUGAUAAAGACAUAUCCUGAUCUAUAUGAGAAGCUACUCAAGCUAGACCAUUGGCAUUCACUUAUAAUCAUCCUUUUGUACGAAUGGAAAUGUAUAGGCAAAGCCAGUAAAUGGUCCGAAUAUUUGGACGUGUUACCUAUUAACGAUGAAGAGAACUAUCAGUUCGAUCAAUUGGUUUUCUGGAUGGACGAAGAAUUAGAAUAUUUGAAACCUAGCUUGAUUUUGCAAAGAGUUGGAAAAAAGCUGGGAUAUGACUUGUUUGCUAAAAUACAAUCGAUUGUACAAGAAUUGGGUAUUGUUGAAUUAAAAGAUGUCGCGUUGGACGUCUACGAGAAAGUAGCAGCUAUUAUUAUGUCAUAUUCGUUUGAUGUCGAACUGCCAGAUGCAACCGAUAGUGAUAAUGAAGACGAGGCAGAUUUAGAUGAAGAACAAGUCGACGGAAAUAUACUUAAAGAUGGAUACUUCAAGUCAAUGGUACCCCUAGCAGACACACUAAACGCCGAUACGAACCUCAAUAAUGCGGUAUUGACUUACAGCCCCACUGAUCUAAUCAUGACCAGUAUCAAAACCAUUAAGAAAGGCGAACAGAUUUAUAACACGUAUUCUGAUCAUCCCAACAGUGAAAUCUUGAGACGAUACGGAUAUGUGGAACCAAGCGGAUCAAAAUUCGAUUUUGGCGAGAUUCCACUCUUGACAAUCAAGGCUCAUUUUAUUAAAAAGUAUGAAAUAUCUGACUCAUUCAUUAAUGAAAUCCUAACUGAUAUUUCCAAAGCUUCCAAACAGAGCCAAGAAGAGGAUGUAGAGAAUGAUGAUGAAGUCGCUGAGAUUGUACUUGAUUCAUAUGAUUGUUUUAAGUCCCAUGAAGUGAUUAUGGAAUUUGUCUUCCUUAUUCAAAUCCUCACUAUUGUUUUCCAAACCAAUAGAUCCGAAUUGAACAACUCGGAUAUCUACAAACGUAUCUUCAAGAAAUGCUACCAAUUGGUUGAAUCCAAGAGAUUGACUAAUGGAUUUGUAGAGAAUUAUAAGGAAACAAUCGAAGAAAGAUUGUCAGAAUAUCCAAGGGUUGCUUCUGAACCAUUUGGAAAGUCUAUGGAUGUUGGGAGAAAAGCAAUGGCUGAAGCGGUUCUUAAGUCAGAAUAUCAAUCUUUGAAAAAUUGCUUAGAUGUUGAAAAGACCUUGAAAGAGACAUUGGGAAGUUAUAAACUUAUUGAAGACGAGAAAUUGAUUAGAAAUAUAGUUAAGAAAAGACCAACAGAGGAUGGUAGGUCUGGACAGAAAAAUAAAAAGUCAAAAAGAUGA